UCACCAAGCUUAUCCUUUUUCUCGAUACGCUAUAUAUUCUCAGCUUUGCCCCUACGACUAUUCCUAGAUCUUCAUCGCCAGCAUCCCGGAUAGCUUUUUAUUUGGUCUCACUUGUAAUAUCUCGCUGCAUUCAGAAUGGGGAACCCAAGUACUCAUCUCGCCACCGUCUGCGAGCAAUGGAAUCACUUACAAGAGCGUAUCAAGGCGGGUAGCUACACCGUAGAUGGCCGACAUCUCCACAUUUCGGAUGUCGUAGCUACAGCGAACCACGGGUGCACCCCAUUCAUCACCGAUGAUCCAGAGGUCGCCAAGACACUUCAGGACAGCGUAGACGUCUUAUACCACUACCUUUCGAAGGGGUGGUAUGUCUACGGUGUCAACACUGGCUUCGGAGGGAGCGCGGACACCCGUACCGACCAAGUCGUAGCCUUGCAAUCAUCAUUGAUGCAGCUUACCCAAUCCGGUAUCCUCUCAAGGUCUAAGGAUGGCUCGGUCCCGGCACAAGCUAUGCCCUCAUCAUGGGUAAGGGGAGCUAUAGUAGUGAGAUGCAACAGCACCUUACGAGGUCACUCAGCUGUUUCACUGCCAAUCCUCAAGGCAUUUACAGCGCUGCUUGAGCAUAACUUGAACCCCAUGGUACCCCUACGUGGCUCUGUCUCAAGUUCUGGAGAUCUUAUGCCCCUCUCAUAUGUCGCUGGCAGUAUAGAGGGCAACCCGGACAUCCUUAUUGAGAAGAACGGGAAAGUCCUUUCAGCACCGGAGGCAUUGAAAGAAGCGGGACUUGAGCCAGUGAAGCUUGGCCCGAAAGAAGGCCUUGGGUUGAUCAACGGAACAUCGUCUUCGGCGGCGCUUGGCGCUCUUGUCAUUACUGAGGCUCAUCGCCUAGCCCUGCUCACGCAGGCUCUUACAGGCAUGGCUGUUGAGGCGCUGCACGGAAGUCGGGAAAGCUUUAACCCCUUCAUCGCUCAAAUCCGACCCCACCCAGGUCAAAUCGAAGUCGCUCGAAAUAUUUACUAUUUCAUGCGCGGCUCAGCUCUUGCUCGGGACGUACUCGAGCCAAAGAACCGCCGAUCGGAGGAUUUAGUCCAAGACCGUUACUCCGUACGUAGCGCACCACAAUGGGUCGGGCCGCAGAUCGAGGACCUACUUCUCGCGGACCAGCAGAUUAGCAUCGAAUUGAACUCUUCGUGUGACAACCCACUCGUCGACACAUCGACUAGUGACAUCCACUACGGAUGCAACUUCCAAGCAGCUAGUGUAACAACAGCCAUGGAAAAGACACGACUAUCGCUGCAGAUGUUUGGAAGGAUGCUAUUCUCGCAAUUGACCGAAAUGGUCGACCCGACUCUCAGCGGAGGCUUGCCCGCCAACCUUGCCGCGGAUGAUCCUAGUCUGUGCUUCACUUUCAAGGGAGUCGAAAUCAACAUGGCUUCCUACAUGGCUGAGCUCUCCUACUAUGCUGGUCCUAUGAGUCCGUUCGUCCAGGCCGCUGAAAUGCACAACCAAUCCGUCAACUCCAUGGCCUUGGCAUCGGCGCGCAUGAGUGCGCACGCAACGGAAAUUCUAACCUUGAUGACAGCAGCCCACCUAUAUGCGAGCUGCCAAGGAGUAGACCUCAGGGCGUUGCACAUGCUUUUCGUACAGAAGGCAAUUGAGACAAUUACCACCGAAACCAAUCAAGUUUUCUCCGAUGUCUUGGCCCCCGGCGAGUUGGAGGCUCUACAAAAAGCCCUAGCGGCCCACGUAUAUCCCUCGUGGUCAUCUUCGAGCAAGAAGGACCUUCCUGAGCGAUGCGAAUCUCUCAUCAGCACGGCCGUGCCCAUCGUUGUCAACUAUACCCAGAUUAACGCUUCGGACGUACGUCAAUGGAAAGAGCAGACUGUUACAGCCGUCUAUGCUUUAUGGAAGAAGACAUUUAGCGCCUUUUGCGCUGAGCCUCACACACCGACGGUUCUUGGCAAGGGUUCGAAGGUUCUGUAUCAAUACGUGCGCGAGGAACUUCGCGUUCCAUUCCACCAAGGCUUCGUUGAGCACCCGACAAACAAGGUCGAUACUUUGAAUGGUCGACCGAAGAAGACCGUCGGUGGUUGGAUUUCAAUCGUACAUGACGCAAUCAAACACGGUUCCCUGUAUGGACCCUUGAUAGCACUCGCCGCGGAGGGCUUAGUGAAUGAGACAAACGCCGAGACGAACGGCUAUACUAACGGUUAUGCUAAUGGCACAAACGGGAAGGUCUAAAGCGAAAUCUAGUAAAUAAUCACUCGUCACUCGACUGCUGCGGAAAUACUCGGUCGCGUGUGGUUCCCUCUGCUAAACAGUAACGGCGUCAAAGGUACAGAUAAGAGAAAAUGCUUAAUGAGAAAAGAGAUGCGAGGCCUUGGGCGGCAACGCGACUGGGGAUUCUUGUUCUUUAAGUUGUAUUAAUGUCUAUAUAGCUCUUUUCCUUGCUGGCACCUUGUCAACUUUGACAAGUACCACUUUCACUUAGCUUUUAGACAAUCAUUACCUAGGUACAUUUCCGGAAUUCAUUCGU